UCGAGGACGAUGGCCGGCGGCAAGAGUUCUUUGGCAGCGGCACUCCUGGCGUGCCUCGGCGCAGUGGCUCUCUCUGCCGACACGAGGCACCAUAGUAGCUCGAGCGGCUAUGGUUCAGGAGGAAUAAUUUCGGGCGGAGGCUUCGGCGGAGGCCACGGGAGUUCAGGAGGCUUUGGCGGAGGCUUCGGCGGAGGCCACGGGAGUUCAGGAGGCUUCGGCGGAGGCUUUGGCGGAGGCCACGGGAGUUCAGGAGGCUUCGGCGGAGGCCACGGAGGAGGCCAUGGCGGCGGAAGUGUGAGCAUCGUAGGAGGCGGCUUUGGAGGAGGUUACGGAGGUGGAGCUGUGGGCGUCGGAGGAGGAGGCGCUGGAGGUCACGGCGGCGCAGGCGUGGGCAUCGUCGGCGGCGGGUUUGGAGGCCACGGCGGCGGAAGCGUCGGCAUCAUUGGCGGAGGCUCAGGAGGCGGCUACGGAGGCGGCAAGGGAGCCAGCUGCCGGGCCUGGUGCAAGACGCCGCAGAACCAAGCCUACUGCUGCGAGGACAGCAGCGAACCAAUCACGAUCCCAGUCGUGAAGCCAGGCAGCUGCCCGCCCGUGCGCCCGCAGUGCCCCCCCGUCCGGUCGGGCUACCGCCCCCCCAACCAGUGCAGCAACGACUCCAAGUGCCCCGGCUAUGAGAAGUGCUGCUACGACACCUGUCUGCAGCACCACACCUGCAAGGCUCCUGGGAGCACCUGGUAGUUCUUAAGCCGUGUACAGAGAGCUGGUUGAAUGUCGACUUGCUGCUGUCUAUAGCGUUUUAUGUAACAGUAUAAAUUAAAAUGUAAAAUCUC